AGUGUAUCCAGCCUCUCAAGUUGAGCCCAGACGCACACACACACACACAUACACAUACACACAUACACACACACAUACAUAACUCUCACAGCAAGAGGAGGAUAGUCGGAGGAUAGACAGAGGGAAGAAGGAAAAAGGUCCCGGAGGUUUUAACCGACAGGAGGGAUGGAGACGGUGUGGAGAAGGGGAGGAACGCCGCUGGGAUGUCGACUCUGGAAGACGGUGCUUCUUUUCCUGUGGAAAGUAUCCGACAGCCGAGCAGGAGCGGCAGGAGGUGGACCAGGAGGAGGACCAGACUCCUCCCAGGCUCGUUUCUCUGCGUCCCUCCCCACCUACCUCCCCGUCCAAUGCCAGCUUAGCGGUGCUGACUCCGCCUUCUUCCUGCGAGAAGCCAAUCAGGAGGUUAUGCGAAACGGCAGCCUAUCAUCUCGUACUGAGCCCUUCUUUCUCCACCAGCUGGAACCGGGGGUUGCCGCCCCACAAUCCCUGCCGAGCGUCAAUUGCAGCUACGGAAACCUGAGCGCUGAGCAGCCCAUCCCAGUGGAGCUGCUUCAGGGCCCGCCACCGCAUGUGCUGCUGACAGCCAACCAGGUGACUCUGAACUGGAAGGUCAAAGGUCAAGUGGUGGUGCCCAAAGUGGGGUCAGCACGCCCCUGGAUACAGGUACUGUUUUAUCUGGUAGGGAGACGCUGGGAUGAGCCAGACCCACCUCCUCCAGCCCUCCUCCCAUGUGUCAGAGCUGUAGCCAUCCGUGACACCAAUGAAGCAGCACCCUCGGCUGGCUGCCGACUUGUGGGACCAUCUGGCAUCUGUGUUGUCCGUUUGGAGAUUCCCCCAGCUUGGUUUACACCUCUGCAAGUGAGAAAGAGACCUCCUGACGUGACUUUGCCAUCAGUGGUUGUGUAUUACUCAAUUAUACCAGUGGAAGGUGCUGGUCAAGAGUGUCCCUCCAUUGUUAACGAGCCAUGGAGAAGCCAGAGUGCAAACAUCGGGCCUCUUGGAGGCCUGGGCAUGGGCCUCGGAGGGCAGUGGAGCCCCCUUGUAGAUGGGGGUCUUCAGGACAUGCAAAAAGCUGGUUCUGUGUUAAUGACCAUGGGCCCGGUUUCAGCCAAAGGUGAGAGAUUAAGACUGGAUGAAAAUGUGGAGGUUCUGGUGCCACCCAGCCCGGUUCGGCUCGGCAAGACGGUGGCGUUUGGCAUCUACAUGAAGACAGAUUCAAACACGGAGCAGUUCACAUUGAGGGUGUGGUUCCAGUCAGGCAUCAACUUCCUGGCUGUGAAACCCAGCAACCUGGUUGCGUGGGAGAUCAAACAGGAAAUGACACCGGGAAGCAGUUCGUUGGCGGUGAUGUGCCAGAGAAAGGCCUCCUCCACAGCGGAGAGGUAG